GCACCAACUUCGAAUUCCCUAGUCAGGAACGUCCGACAGUGUUAUAAUUCUUUCCGUGUGCUUUUAUUACGACGUGGUCCGGUUCUGAAUGUAAUAUGGCGAGCUCCGUAUAUUUGUGAUUUCCGGUGUCAACAGUUCAGCUGUGGUGAUCCAGUUCGAAGACCGUACAGCACCAUCAAAUCGGGGCGCUGUAGUACAGUAUGCCACAAGUUGGCUGGACCUGUGUCAAGUGUGGUGUUCAUAACUUCAAGAAAAGAGAUAACUGUUUCAAGUGCAAAUUUUCCAGAGAUGAAUCUGACAAGACAAACGACAGAGAUGGCUUUGACCAAGUAGGACUUAAUCCAUGCAAUACUCUCAUAUUUCGAGGUCUUGAUGCACUUACAACAGAAGAGUCCCUUGACGUAGCAUUACGAUUACAAACAAAUCUCCAGUCUAAGAAUGUGCGCAUCAUUCGAGACCCAGUCACAAACACAUCCAGGGGCUACGGGUUCUGUGAGAUGAAUUCCAUUCAGGAAUCCACGCAAGUUACAGAUUUCCUGACUCAAAACAAUGUUCCUUUGGAAGUAGAUGGCAAACAAGUUCUCACAUCGUAUGCAAAGAACACUUUCUCCACUGUAAUGGCAAUUUUAAACAGUUCACUUCAAAAUCGGGCAUCGGACUACAACAGUCAACAAGUAGCUGGAGCUGGACAACCAGCGGACUCUACAAAUGCUGCAGCAGCAGUUGCCCAGGCUGCUAUUGCUCAAGCCAAUGCUGCCAAGAACUACAACAAACAGACACCAGGUCCUAAGAAAGCUGAGCCAGUAGUUGAACAGCCAGCCACCCCACCUGCUAGAAACAAGGAAGUCCUAGCAUAUCUGGCUCCAGAUGUGUCCACGUACCAGUUUGAUAAGACUUCAGGAUAUUAUUGCGAUCCAUCAACAGGCCUCUACUAUGAUGCCAGUUCACAGGUCUCCUGCCCAGUUACGUCCUGCAGUGUUAAGCUUGUGUGGCUGGAACUGAGGGACCAUUGGUUCAGUGUCCACAAGCCUACCAUCACCACAUACCGCUGUCCUCAUCCCAAGUGUCAGUUUCAGCCAUCUAAAAACACCAUCCCUUCCAAACAUGGCUUCACAACACACAUAUACAAAGUCCAUGGAAUCAGAGGGAAGCAGCAUGAUCUGCUGCUGAAACUGUCCAAAACUGAGACCAAGGAGAACAUGGACUAUGUAGACCCUGGAAAAGCUGUGUGUCCUCAACCAGUGAAGGCACAUGGGCCUAUAUCCUCCACUGGAAAGACCCAAGUGAAAACUAAAGCUGGUGUAAAAAGAAAUCUUCCAGCCGCGGUUGAAAGUACACCGGCAGUUCCAGGACCAGCCAAACGUAAAAAGCACUGGAACCCCAAUUUAGUCCAAGUGAACACACUUUCUAUUCAACAACAACCAGUCAAAGAUGAAAAGGGAAACACAACAUCCACAAGAACCAAAUCAUCACCUCCACAAGCAUCAGAACGUACAACUCAGUCAGCCCCUAAACAAUCACCUCGACCAGCACUUCAAACAGUAACUCAGAAACUUGUUCAACCAGCAACUAAAGAAAAAACUGAAUCAGAACAUCAGCAAGCAUCUGAACCAACACCCCAGCUAGCAUCUGAACCAGAAAAUCCUACAGCAUCUGAACCAACAACUCAACAAGAGACUGAACCAGAAAAUCCUACAGCCUCUAAACCAACACCAGAGCAAGCAACAGAAUCAGAACAUCUGCCAGAAUCUGAACCAAAACCUCAGCAAGCAACUGAACCAGAAAGUCAUAAGUCAUCUGAUCCACAGAAAGAGAUGUCUGAAGCUACACAUGAAAAUAAUUCAAACGUUGAAAUGCAUCCCUCAAAUGUUGACGAGGAUGCUUCAACAGCAGAUGUGUCGGUUGCAGGAAGCUCGGAGGUGAUUGAGACAACUUUGCCUGAGGAAGGAGCUAUUGACCCAGGUCCUAUCACUCAAGUAAUGGACAUAUUGGAAAAAACUGAUAUUUCUGAUGUCAUUCCUGCAUUGUGUAAAGAAGCUAAAAGCAAUUUAACUCAAACUGAGGAAUGUUCCUCAAGCUGUGUCAUGACUUCAGCAAGCAGAUCAAGUGUGUCGUCUGUCACAGAGGGUGUCUGUCAAGCCAAAGAGAAGAAAGAAACACACAUCAGUGUAUUGGUCAGUCAUCAGACAGUCCCCUGUCCCCAGGUAAAUCGGACAAUACCUGUGUUAAUUGGUCGACAGACAGAAAGGCCACCAAAUUCUGUUUCAAAGGGAAAGAAGCUAACAAAAAAUGUAUUGACAAAGAUUGUGACUCCUAGCUGCCAGCCAAGCACUCAUGUCAAGGAAAAGACAAGUCAGAAAACAGCAAUAAACACUAAGGAUGUCACUCUGUCUCGAACCCAACCAAGCAGUAGUCCCAAGGUAAAGAGGACCCAAAGAAACACUGUUUCAAGUGUCCGACAACCGUCCAGGCAGUCAAGAGGCAGCAGGAAAGAUAAGGAAGCUGUAAAAGCUCCUGCAGCUGCUGAUGAUGGUCUCUUCAGUGGUCGGUCAAAAGGUAUCAGGAAAGGCCGAGGCUCUGGUGCCACUCCGUCAAGACGUCCAAGAGUCAUUGAGGUCGCUCAUCCCUCAAGUGUUCUUCCAAGAAUGGGGGUUACAAAGGAAGAACUGAAAUGUUUUAUGUCAUGGACACGUGAAUACAUUGUUAUCCUUCAAAAGGCUCGUGAAAAGGCAUCAAGACAGCUCGUGACACUUACUGAAAAAGAGUAGAUAACUAACUCACCAAGAUGCUAUGUUUCACCAUUGAAAUACCACACGGCAUACUUUCACAGAGACUUUUCAUUGACUAUAAUUGAAUGUGUAAUGGUGAGAACUGUUGGACAAGCUGAAGAGACAGCUGAUAAUUUGACUUGUCAUGAUUUGCCUUCUCAUGUGCAUUAGCAAAUUAAUUGUAUUGCAAUAUAUUGUAUGCAGUCUGUAUAGUGACUUGUAUUGCAAUAUAGUGAGAGCUGAAGUGUUGCAGUACAUAUUGUAACACAUAAUGCAAUAUGUAUCUUUGAAAAACAUAUUGCAGUAUACUGGUAGUACAAUGCAGUCCGAAUUUAUAUCAAAAUGAAUAUCUGCCAUUAAGAGAACUUAUUUUAUGCAAUGUAAAUGUAAUUGAGAUGAUUGUGUAUGGAAAGGGACUAAACAGAUGUUACUGGAUGUUUUGACAAAUUGAAAAAGGAUUAUUAAAUACUUUAAUGAAAA